AUGCCCGUGAGUUGCAGAACCCGGGUCGCAACCCCUGCCUUCUUCCUCCCUUUCCCCCUUGUUCCCCCCGUUUCCCAUUCUUCCCGCCAUUUCCCCUUUCUGCCCCCCUUUCCCCCUUCUUCAACCCCUUUCCCCUUUCUUCCCCCCUUCCCCCUUCUUUCCCGGUUCCCCCCUCACUUCCCCCCUCCUUUCCCCCUUCUUCCCCCAUCUCACCAUUUUUCCCCCUUCCCCCCAUUCCCUCCCUCCCCCUCCCCCUCUUGCCCCUCCCUUUCUCAUUCUCCCAACCUGCUCUCUCCCUCCCUCCCCACCUUCCGUCGUGGGUCCUUCCCCUCUUCCUUUUCCAACUUUCCUUUCCUCUGUCCCCUCCCCAUCCCCCCCGUGCCUGCAUCCCCUCUCGCCAUUGCACUCCCAUCUUCAUCCACGUCCGUUCUCCCUCGUUGA